GCGCGCCUGCGCGGGAGGUGCUGGUGGUAGCGGCAGUGGCGGCGGCGGCGCCGGGCGGUGAAGUUGGUUAAAGCGCCGGUGGUAAAAUGCAUAAGCUUAAAUCAUCUCAGAAGGACAAGGUCCGCCAAUUUAUGGCGUUUACUCAGGCUGGGGAAAGGACUGCUAUAUACUGCUUGAUGCAGAAUGAAUGGAAGCUAGAAGUGGCAACAGACAACUACUUCCAGAAUCCAGAUUUGUACUACAAAGAAUCCAUGAAGAAUUCAGUAGACAGGAAGAAAUUAGAACAACUGUAUAAUCGAUACAAAGACCCACAAGAUGAAAAUAAAAUUGGCAUUGAUGGAAUACAACUGUUCUGUGACGAUUUAAGCCUGGACCCUGCCAGUAUCAGUGUUCUGGUCGUAGCGUGGAAAUUCAGGGCGGCUACUCAGUGUGAAUUCAGUAAAAAGGAAUUUGUAGAUGGCAUGACAGAGCUGGGGUGUGACUCCACAGAAAAACUAAAAGCUCUAUUGCCACGACUGGAACAGGAACUGAAGGAUCCAACAAAGUUCAAAGAUUUUUAUCAGUUUACUUUUAACUUUGCAAAAAAUCCUGGACAAAAAGGUCUAGAUCUAGAAAUGGCAAUUGCAUACUGGAAUUUAGUCUUGUCAGGAAGGUUUAAAUUUCUAGAUCUUUGGAAUAAAUUCUUGUUGGAACAUCAUAAAAGAUCAAUUCCAAAAGAUACUUGGAAUCUUCUGUUAGACUUUGGAAAUAUGAUUGCAGAUGAUAUGUCCAACUAUGAUGAAGAAGGAGCAUGGCCUGUUCUUAUAGAUGAUUUUGUGGAAUAUGCACGACCAGUAGUCACAGGAGGAAAGCGUAAAACUUCCUAACUGCAGACUCAUCGACGUGGACUAAAUGCACAGUCUGAACUGCAUUAGGUAAUGAAGAUUUGUUGGCUGAUAGCUGUGCACGUUGUUGCUGGUUUCAGUGGUCAUGGUGAGAUUCCAGAGACAAAAUGGAAAUUCUUCCUUUCUGCCUAACGAAAAUGAUGGUUGAGUUGUGGACGUUUCGUGAACAAGCUCAGAAGAUGGUCCAGGCUGAUUGCAGGCUACUGGCUUCAAUUAUUGUACUGGUUGUAUCAUAUAGGAUGUAGAUUUUGCAUGAUUUUAUACUUUGGAGAAGUUUAACUAGAGGCCAUUUUAUUAUUGAAGUUUUGACAGCACAGCAUGCCAUUGAGUUCAUGAUCCAAAGUGAACACCAGCAGUCAAAUAAACAGAACUGUAUUAUAUUGUACCUAUAUUAAAGGCAGUAUUUGUGGUAUAUAAAUUAAAUCCCUAAAUAAAACUUAUGCAGUAUGUUGUGUUUUUAUAAAA